AUGGAUGAACCGCAAACUCUUCGAUCUCUCUUCUUCUCUGCCAAGGAGCAAAAGAGCAACCUCGGCUCACGGGGUGACACCAACACUGAGGCCUACCGAGACGAGGUGAAUGCAGCCAUCUCCAAGUUCCAAGAAUGCCAGCGACAAGUGAGCAUGCUGUCGCUUUUCAGCAACAAUGAGCUACUCGAGGAUGUCUCUUCUGGCGAUCUUCAGUACAUGUCGCUGGAAUACCACCUCGCCGAGCUGAUGCAACGAGGCGCCACUUCAGACCGGGAAGCAGCUCUUCGACGUGCCUUGGAACAGUAUGAGAAAUACUUGAUGCGAUUGGACGAAUAUUUGUUGCUUCCUGCUGGCGACAAAAAGCUUUUUGAGCAAUACAUGACGAAUCCGACCUCAUUCACGCUUGCACCGUCCAACGAUGCCGCCGCUCGUCGAGAGAUCAAGGUCAACCGGUUCAGAGAAGAGAAAGAGCUGAAGCAGAAAUUGGAGUACUUUUCCCGAAAUGAAGCCCGACUGCAAAGCGACGAUGAUGAUACCCGAUCACUUUACCUGGCAGAGCUCCAGCUUUAUACGCACCAGACAUUUCAAGCGUUGGAUCUUCUGAUUCAAGAAUUAUCGAUACUUUCAGCCAUGCGCAAUGCUCCACCCCGGCCACCACCGACUGACGACCCCAGACAGCGGAGUAAUAUUGGAGGCUUAAAUUAUUCCGAUCGCUUGGAUCCUUCAAUGUCCCAGCUUCUGGGACGAGGCCGAGGCGGUCCGAUCUUGAACAGCAAAGGAAAGCCGAUGCAGCCUUUCACAUUGUUGGGCCGACGCUCUGAAAUGCAACAAGGAGUCUUCCGACCUGGUCAUAACCUGCCAACUAUGACCAUUGAGGAUUAUCUCGACGAAGAACAUAGAAGAGGCAAUGUCAUCGAAGGAGGAGGAGAAAAGUCUGGCAUCAAGCCUGAAGUUGAUGAAGAUGAUCAUAACAUUGCCGACCAGGAAACGCUCAAGGCGCGAGCUUGGGAUGAGUACACGGAAGCCAACCCUAAGGGGGCCGGUAACACGCUUAAUCGGGGUUGA